UAAAUCAAGCAUUUGCAUUUCUUUCAAAAGUGCUGAAUGUAGCGGUGUUGUUUUGCUGAGUGUGCGCGGCCGCCCUCCGCCGUCACCGCCGCGCCGGUGCCCGUCGCUCGUCCCGCCGAAACUCCCCGGCAGCUCCGCCGGGCCGGUGGUGCUGAAUCAUCCCGGUCCGGCCGUCGUCCGCACUGUGAGCCGCCGCCGGGAGAGCCGGUCGGUCUGAGCGGAAAAGCCACGCCGACCGACCGAGCAACCGACCGGCCGGCGCCUUCCCCCCGUAACAACACAGACAAAGAGGGGGCGCAACGUCACGGCUGUCAAGCUUCACAAAAAGAAGAAGAAGAAGAAGAAGAAGAAGAAGCCAUGUGUCGGAAUUAGGAGCGCGAGCGCGGGGUCGGGGGGCUGUUUUGCGCCGGUGGAGCGGUCGGGGAUUCCCUUGUUCGGUGGCCACUAAAUGCCGCGACAUUUAGAAAAAGGUUGAAAGUAAGAAUAGCCGAGGGAGGAACCUCCGCCCCGACGCGGCGUGACGCCUUAGCGCGGCGAAACCCACACGACGACCUCCGCGUUUAGCCCCUCCGACUGUCCGCUCUCUCCGGGUGCUGAAGCGGCCGCGGCGGACACGCGCAGCCCGCAGCCGCCUCCUCCUCGCCGGCGGCGGACUCGUCUGUGGCUCCGUCGCCUUCUUCCUCCGGUCUGUUCAGAAGAGCAAGGCACUUGUGGCAUGACGACGACUAACAAAGGAAAUAAAGCCUUGAAGGUGAAGCGCGAGCCAGGGGAGAAUGGCACCAGCCUCACAGACGACGAGCUGGUGACCAUGUCCGUGCGGGAGCUGAACCAGCACCUCAGAGGGCUCACCAAAGAGGAGAUCGUGCAGCUGAAGCAACGGCGGCGCACCCUGAAGAACCGGGGCUACGCCGCCAGCUGCCGGGUGAAGCGAGUCACCCAGAAGGAGGAGCUGGAGAAGCAGAAGACCCACCUGCAGCAGGAGGUGGACAAACUGGCCAACGAGAACGCGUCGAUGAGAAUCGAGCUCGACGCUUUGAGGUCGAAGUACGAGGCGUUACAGACCUUCGCCAGGACUGUGGCGCGGAGCCCCUCCGUCGGGGUCGGGGUGAGGGCGGGCGGGGGCGCAGGAGGAGGAGGAGGAGGAGGAGGAGGGGGAGGGAUGGCGUCAUCGGUCAUUGGUCCACUCAUACCGGGGAAGAUGGCAACAGCCACGAGCGUAAUCACAAUAGUGAAGUCAAAAACCGAUGCGCGGUCUUGAGGAAGGGGACGAUGGAUGAGGGCGGGUCGGGUGCGGCGGCUUAAUCCUUCCUCUCUGCCGGCCACCUUUCCUCCACCUGCACUGACGUCAAACAGCGAGGCAGUCUUCACCACUAGGCCUCAGCAUGUUCCUGUCACCUGUCUCAGAUCAGUAAAAGUGGAGUAAAGGACGGAAGCAGAGGAAGAUUAUUGGGACCAUAACGAUGGAGGUCAAGGCGCAAUCGCUCAGCACAGGACCGACACACGGCAUUCCUACGGUCACUGAAAGGUCGGGAAAGUCAAAGGAGUUGAGAUUAGUUUUAAUCCAGGCCAUGGCAGGAGGGGGUAAUCCCAAAAAUGUCAAUGCCCGAGACACUCAAUCAUGUAAUUUUGUUCAGUUGCUAUUUAUGUGAGUCAGGUGUUUUACUGCUGGUAGAUCAAGAUGUCUGUAAAUUCAUAAUCUCGCAUAAAUGCCCACUAGAUCUGAAGUGCUUGUUUCCCCUCAAAUGAUGAUGUAGAAGAUGUGAGUUUAAAUUUGUUUGUCCUACAUAAAAAUAUUCUAAUAUUAGCAUUGCAUAUAUGUUAGACAAAAAAAAAGAUGGUAUUAAUGUAUUAGUCAUAGAAUUUAUUGGAUUAAAUUGACACAAGUGUUGGGUCCCUGAGCUCCAAAAGAAUUCACUAGCUUUCAUGUGGCCUGUUGGUUUCAGUGGCUGAAGAGAAGUCCUGUUAUGCUCGACCCAAGCCAAAAACCUUUUCACAAAAGAACCAUAGAAAUAUAUAUAAAUACUACACGGUGGUAACUGUAUUUUUACUGUUUUGUACUGUGUUGUCAUGCACAUGAGGUCCAAAGUGUAUUCUCUGUGUGUCAACUGUUAUAUAUCAGGAAUUCUGUGAAAUUCUGUGGCGCGUGUUGGUUUUGGUAUUGCUACAUUUAGUUAGCGUUCAUUUUUUUUUCCACGGUUUGUUCACUUCCUGUGUCCAAGUUCCUCUCGCCUGUUCCAUCUCAUUCAGUUUUGAUUUCAGCUGGUUCCCUUCAUUACAUAUAGUACUUCCUGGCAGAACAACACAGAAAGAGGAGGGUGGGGGAGGGACAAGGCAAUUGAUAUUUAGCCAAAAAAAACAUGCUAUAGACAGAAGGGGAUAAAGUCUUAUCUAAGUUUGUAGGGUUUUUCAGGGAAAUGGCAAUUUCAAAAUGUGAGCUUCUCUCAAAGUAUUCAAGAUGAUUGGAAGGGCAAGUGCCUUGGUCUCCUAAAGAUAUGCAUCAAGAAGAAGGGAAGAGGACAGUGGGGAUUCAGCGCAGGUGUUUGCCUGUACCUGUGCUUAAUGCUUAAUGUGAAACAUUGCCCAGUCAGGAAUCAGGUCGUGACAGCAUUUACCUGUGCGUUGCUGUGUAGUAGCAGGUUUAAUGAUGUUAAGUACACCCGUUUGUGCCACUUGGCAGUAUAUUUACAAAGUGUCGUCAUAACAGCUCCACUUUCUUGCACAGGACAUCCUUUUUUGUUGAGUAAAGUACAUAAAUAGUUUUUUAUGUAAAAUACUUGGUGUGCAUGUUUAUGAGUUUGAUUGUCAACCGAAUGGGCGCAUCUGGGUUAUUACACCAACAGCAACAUUCUGCCCUCAAAUCAAAGUGCUUUAUGUUGCAGUUGUUGCUUUUAACAGCAAAAGUCGCUUUGCGAGUCCGGGUGUGACUUUGGACGGUGCGGUCGGCCAGCAGAGACAUCGCUCUGAGUUCCCUCAUCUCACCAGAGUCCCACCAUAGUCUUACGUGGUGUUCUGUACUCCAAGAAUCCGUUGUCGAUGUCUGGUCUCGAGUCUGGAAUUUUAUAAAGACAAUUAUCUUUCCAUUGUUUGUAACGACCUGUAAAAAAAAAAAAAAAAAAAAAAAAGGAAUAACAAAAUCACUUUGAUAUACAGUGUGUCUCUAUUUUGCAAUUGUACCAAAAGUGGCUUAACUACUGAAUAGCUUUGUUUUAACUCUAGUGACUAGGCACGUGUGUGUUACCGUGAACUAGCGUGUGCUGUGCUGUGUAGGUAUGUGACGAGGUCACUGUAACGUUCACUGUUUCAUGGAAGUGACUCGGAUCCUGGAUGGACAUCAGGCCGAGGCGGGUGAUGUCACGGUGGGUCACUGCGCUCUUUCUCUAAUCAUAAGACCCUCGUCCUCGCGGCCUCAUCAUUCAGCUCCAGCACUGAACAUCUGUUGGAUCGGCUCUUUUUGCCGCUCGUUGUCCGCACUCACAACUUGUACAUUCUCAAGUGGACUUCGGCAGAGCCGCGUGUCGCUUCGGUUCUACCCCGUGGUUUUAUCUUGGUCAUCCGAAGCGUUGGAAGCUCGUUCUUGGCGGUGCAAUGACUGACGGGAGGAGGAAGUGAGACGGUGAACCUCACAAGCUUCAAGCUGUUGUGUGUUCCAAGGCAUCAGCGAUGGGACCCUUAACAAUGGGCCCCAAUGGCUGCAUCGCCCCUACUUAUUUUUCUAGUGUGUGGGGGGGAAAAAAAAUGUUUUUGAUGUGCAGAUUUUAUAUAGUUCUGUAUAUAUAAUGUUCCUGUUUUGUUUGUUUUUUGAAUUGUUCUGUAAGUGUCAGGGAAGUGAAACUAAUUUGUUAAUGUAUUUGAUGUUUUAUGAAGUGAAAAAAAUGUAUUACGCUAUUUAAUGGUUUGUUUGUCAGAGAGUUGGGUUUACUUCACAAAUUGUUUUGUUUUUUACCUAAUGCUGUUAAUUUACCGAAAUAUAAUCAACAGUAGCCUGCGUACAUGCAGCCUUUCACCUGAACCACUUCUUUUCCACUGUGAAGUAAAAAGGGUUAACUAGCCUACUGCUGUGCAGUUAUUAAGAGUAGCGAGGUUUUGUCUCUAUCUGCAUUCAUACAAUAUCAAACAGGUGACAACGGCUUUGGAAGGGAAAUGGGUUUGAGAUUUAAAAAUAGGAUUUCUCCAUAAUCUUAACACUGGUUUGCAGGUUCAGUCGACCGUGAAAUGGUUUCACGUCUAUCAUGUCACGCCACAGGAAUAUACUCCAGGGUGUUCAGCUACGAGCAAAUAUAGAUAUGGCACCCAGUAUAUUUAUGUAUGUGUUUUCUUUUUAAUUUGUCACGUUUCCGCGGUCAGAAUGCUAUUAUUUGAUUAUCUCGAUUUUUUGUUGUUGUUGUUUUGUUGCUUCCUGUCUGUAUCGCUCGUUUGCUUGUUGAAAGACGUUUGUUCGCUCGCAGGUAUAGUGAGGUGUUUGUGGUCAUGGUGGUGUGAAAUAGAAAGAGACGCAACUAAGCUUUGUUUGGGUCAGUUAAAGUGUUUGUACUGAAAGUGCCACUGUCAAGCUGCAUGCAUGUCUAUGCUCCUCUUCUCUCAGUUGGAUGUGUACUAUGGAAGCACAGAUGUGUCAACUUGGCGGCUGCUGUUUCAUAGACAUUUCUAAUUAUGCAAACUGUGCAAGGCAGAAUUAGAACUCCUGCCGCACAGGAGCAAUGAUACCUUCGUUGUGGUCGUGUCAAGUUGUCUGUUUUAUAAUUGCAGGUAUUUGCAUCAUGUGACAGGGUUAAAGAGCUUAUAUACUGUG